GCCGCCUUCCUGCGCUACAUGCGGCAGCCCAUCAAGCAAGAACUGAUCUGCAAGUGGCUGGAGGCCGAGGCGGGCGGCGGCGGCGGCGGCGGCGGCACUGGCACUCCACCCUGCUCCAAGACCUACAGCACCAUGCACGAGCUGGUCAACCACGUCACGGUGGAGCACGUCGGGGGGCCUGAGCAGAGCAGCCACGUGUGUUUCUGGGAGGAGUGUCCCCGCCAAGGGAAGCCCUUCAAGGCCAAGUACAAGCUCAUCAACCACAUCCGCGUGCACACGGGCGAGAAGCCCUUCCCCUGCCCCUUCCCGGGAUGCGGCAAGGUCUUCGCCCGCUCCGAGAACCUCAAGAUCCACAAAAGGACGCACACAGGGGAGAAGCCUUUUAAAUGCGAGUUUGAUGGCUGCGACCGGAAGUUUGCCAAUAGCAGCGACAGAAAGAAACACUCCCAUGUCCACACCAGCGACAAGCCAUACUUCUGCAAAGUCAGAGGCUGUGAUAAGUCCUACACCCACCCCAGCUCUUUGCGAAAACACAUGAAGAUCCACUGCAAAUCCCCACCACCUUCUCCUCCCCCAGGAUCUCACGGGUACCAGCCUGUGGGUACCGCUCUGGGUGCCCCUCUUUCCCCACUUCAGGACUCAGGAAGGGGCCAGCCUACCAGCCUUUCUCCUCAGGUCACCAACCUCAACGAAUGGUACGUUUGCCAGGCCAGUGGGGCGGCCAACCACCUCCGUGCCCCAUCCAGUAAUGCCACCUCUUCUGAGGAGGAGGAGGAGGAGGAGGAGGAGGAAGAGACCUACAGGAACUCUGAGUCAAGGACUAUUCAUUAG